AUGAUGUUUCGGAACACCGGACCCCGAGGACACCUCCUCCAGCUUUGCCUUCUGACUUUUGCUUCUUAUGCAUGGGCCGGCAUAGAGGCCUUGUCACAGCCUCCCAUCACAGCUGCCUCCUUCGUGCAGGACCUCUUCCUCCGAUAUGGAGAAAAUGACAAGCUCACUCUGCAGCAGCUUAAAGCUCUGUUGAACCGUCUCGAUGUGGGAGUUGGGCGGGAAAACAUUACCCAUGCAGAGCAGCAGCACAGAAACCUUUCCUUGUGUUUCAGUUCCUCAGAGCUCUUUGCCACCCACAAUUUGAGUGAAGGGUCCCAGCUUGGCCAGCGCGAGUUCAAGGAUUUCUGCCCAACUAUCUUGCAACAGCUGGAGUCCAAGGCCUGCAUGUCGGAGAACCUGGAGAAUGAAGAAGACGAACAGACAGAAGAAGGGAAACCUAGCUCUGCAGAAGUUUGGGGUUACGGUUUCCUCUGUGUGACCGUCAUCUCCCUCUGCUCCCUGGUUGGAGCCUGUGUGGUGCCUUUCAUGAAGAAGACCUUUUACAAGCGGCUGCUCCUCUACUUCAUAGCUCUGGCGAUUGGAACUCUCUACUCCAACGCCCUCUUCCAGCUCAUUCCUGAGGCCUUUGGAUUCAAUCCUCAGGAAGACUAUUAUGUCUCCAAAUCUGCAGUGGUCUUUGGAGGCUUUUACCUGUUUUUUUUCACAGAGAAAAUACUGAAGAUGCUUCUGAAACAGAAAGAUCAGCAUCAUCAUGGUCACAGCCAUUACAGCCCUGAGACCCUUCCUUCCAAGAAGGACCAGGAAGAGGGAGUCACUGAGAAACUUCAGAAUGGGGAUUUGGAUCACAUGAUCCCUCAUAGGAAUAGUGAUCUAGAAUGCAAGAAUCCAUCCGUAGAUAAGAAGAUUGUUGGUUCCUUGUCUGUUCAGGACCUUCAGGCUUCUCAGAGCACAUGCUAUUGGCUGAAGGGCGUGCAUUACUCUGACAUUGGCACCCUGGCCUGGAUGAUCACCUUGAGCGAUGGCCUUCACAACUUCAUUGACGGCUUGGCCAUUGGUGCCUCCUUCACUGUAUCAGUCUUCCAAGGGGUUAGCACCUCGGUGGCCAUUUUUUGUGAAGAAUUUCCUCAUGAGCUAGGCGACUUCGUCAUUCUGCUGAAUGCUGGAAUGACAACCCAGCAAGCUCUCUUCUUCAACUUCAUCUCGGCUUGCUGCUGCUAUAUUGGGCUGGCCUUUGGGAUACUGGCUGGCAGCCACUUCUCUGCCAACUGGAUCUUUGCUUUAGCUGGUGGGAUGUUUCUCUAUAUUGCGUUGGCUGAUAUGUUCCCAGAGAUGAACGAAGUCAGCCGAGAAGAUGAAAGGAACGGCAGUGCUUUGAUUGCCUUUGCCAUCCAGAAUGCAGGACUGCUGACAGGAUUCACCAUCAUGUUGCUGCUCACCAUGUAUUCUGGACAGAUCCAGAUUGGAUAAACGAUUGCCCAGGUGCUUGGGAAGAUCUUUCUCCCUGCAGGUAUAUGGACCAUGUAAACUUGCAAUGCCAAGGAUUACUGAAGAGGGCCCUUUUGUGAAACCUGCUUCAUAGACUUCUUACUGACUGACCUGCAGUGAUUGAUGAAAUUCCUUGCUGUGGGAUUAAGUGACCUAAGAACCAUUUCCUAGCAUAGCAGCCCUUUCUUUCAUUCUCCUUCACUGCCCUCCGGGUGUUUUUUAAGGGCCUCAUCCACAGGAAUUAAAAUUCUUGCAUCCUUUUGGGACU